GCCUUGGUGGCAAGACACUCCUUUAUUCACUCAGUCAACAUCAGUUAAGAAUGGGAGUGCCCCACCACGCCUGCGUCCGUGCAUGCUCUAUUCCCUCAGCGCUUAGGAAGCACCUGCUGUGCGCCAGGCACAGUUCUAGGCACUGGGGACCCAGCAGUGAAAACAGUAGACACGUCCCUGCCCCCAAGGAACCGGAGAGUAGGAAGGAGUGACAGAAACAAGUCUGUCAAUACGUGUGCUGUGUUCGAAGGUGAUAAGUUGCAAGAGCAGGGGAGGGGUGGGGGGGUGGCUGUGCGAGAUCGAGGAAUCCGGGAAGGCCUCCCGGAGAAGGUGUUCUCCAAGCCCACACGUACCGGGCAGAGGAAACUGAUCACUGCGGGGGCCUGGGAUGGAUGAGGCUCUGCUUCUAACAGCCACUUUGUCCACACGUCGCUUUCCAUCUCUCCCUGACCUGGUGGCCUGCGCCCUAUAGGCGUGAUCCGCUCUCUGCACACCCUGGGCCGUCUGGAUCAUGCCUUCUGCACGGAGACCCGGCCCUACAACCAGGGAGCCCGGCUGACCGCCUUCGAGCUGACAUACGAGCGGAUCCCCGCCACACUCAUCGCCGACAGCGCGGCAGCGGCGGCCAUGGCCCGGCGAGGCGUGUCAGCUGUCAUCGUAGGAGCCGACCGCGUGGUUGCCAACGGUGACACCGCCAACAAGGUGGGCACCUACCAGCUGGCCAUCGCUGCCAGGUACCACGGCAUCCCCUUCUACGUGGCCGCCCCCAGCUCCUCGUGCGACCUCCAACUGGAGACAGGCAGGGACGUCGUCAUCGAGGAGCGCGCGGGGCAGGAGCUGACCGACGUCAACGGGGUCAGGGUCGCAGCCCCCGGUAAGCUGGCCCCUUCGAGGUGGGCACCACGGCACCCGGGCACAUCCCUGUAGGCAGGCUGGCCCCUUCGUGGAGCAGGUGGAUUUAGGGUAUCAUUGGCCAUCUGGGG